AUGAAGAUUAACACCAUCACCGAUAGAUACAAUUACCAAAACUAUGAUGAUAUAAGAGAAUACUAUAGAGAAGAAACUCUUUACUCAGAAGAUGAAAGUACAUACGAAGUAAUGGAAACAUCUUUAAGUCAAGCUCUCGAAGCCUCAUUCCAAGAAAGACAAAGGAAGAAGGAUUAUCCUAUAGAUGCAACUAGAACUAAUGCUAUGAUGAUAACAGAAAAACGAGGAUUAACUCAAUUAUAUUCAGAAU